ACGCAACCUGACACCCAUCUAGUGGGAAUUAAUUGUAACGGCAAGCGUCGAUGACUGUCGUAAAUGUUUAAGCCGCGACACGGAAUCGCUUGACGGUAUAUCGCGCCUCAACCAAUAUGGCCGCUUCGUUGGUAUGCGAGAAAACACAAUACAGGGUGAGUUCUGUCCUAAAUAGAGACGUGAAACAGUUUGGGAAGAGGUUUAUGUUUGACAACAACGAGGAGACAUGCUGGAACUCAGACCAGGGUGACUGUCAGUGGUUGAUUUUCGAUUUCCCCCAAUCAGUGAGAGUGUCCGAGUUAAAAGUUCAGUUCCAGGGAGGCUUUUCGGCCAAAACAUGCAGGAUGGAAGGAUUUUCAGAAGAUGGAGAUUUCAAAGUAAUAAGUCAUUUUUACCCAGAAGACAACAACUCUCUCCAGUGCUUUCCCAUACAGGACAUGGCCGCCGCGGACAGAGUCAAAAUAACAUUUGAGAACAGCGCCGACUUUUUCGGGAGAAUUAUUGUUUAUACUUUGGACGUCCUGGGGGAGAAAGCAACAUGACCCGCAAACUGAUAAAGACUGAGGAAAAAUGCAGGACUUCAGAUCUGUUGGAUGUAUGUGCCGCAAUGGAGUCAAUACAUGGGAAUACUGUACAGUAAUAGGAAUUGGGAUUUUUUGGGGGGGGACAGCUCUGAAGACAUCCAAUUCCAAUGUAUGCAAUGAACACUCAUUAUUCUGGAACAUCAUGCCAUAGAAAAAAAAAACAUUUAUUACAACUUGUUUACAUUCAUUGUCGCUGGUCUCCAGCCAAAUUGAACAAUCCCGCUGCACGGCUGGCAAAUAUUGUUCCGUUUUUGUUAUCAUGCCUCGCAUACAAACUAAACAAAAAUAAGUACUUUCGA